AUGCAAGCGAUGCUGAGCGACAACCUGCGCGACCCGCCGUUCUACCUCCAGCGGAGCACGAGCUCUCACAACGGCCCAAGCGGUCUCACGCCGACGCUCGUGCCGUCGCACGCGGCCGUAGCGCCAGACACGCCCCCUCCGGACCCCACAACCUCCGGGCCGACCGGAGCCGCUGCCGUCCGUCGGCCCAGCACGGCCCGUCGGGCCGCGCCGUCCGAAGACCGGCCGUUCGCGUGCCCAGUGCCGAACUGCGGCGGCCGCUUCCACCGCAAGUUCACGCUCCACGAGCACCUCAAGACGCACACGGGCGAGCAGCCGCACCAGUGCCCCGUGGCCGAGUGUGGCAAGCGCUUCAGCACGUCGGGCAACUUGGCGCGCCACCGGAAGCUCCACGCCAUGCGCAAGAUCAGCUGUCCGGCCGCGCACUGCACACGCGUGUUCACGAGCCGCGAGAAGCUCGUGCCGCACUUGAAGGUGCACCUCGCGCGCACGCCGCACACGUGCGACUUUGCCGGCUGCGGCAAAACCUUUAGCACGGCCGGAAACCUCACGCGGCACCGCCGGACGCAGCACCGCGUGGGACCGGCGACGCCGUCGGACGCGGCCCCCGGGCCGUCGCCGACGCUCCCGCGGCCCAAGUUUGAGUUCCCCGGCCGGAGCGCGCCGCUCCCGACCGGGUCGCUGCCCAUGCGCGGGCUCUUGUGGCCGCCGCACGCGCCCGUGGAGCCGCACCCGCCGGCGCAGCGGAUCCUCGAGUCGGACGUCCAGGACCUCUUUGACUGUCUGUUCCUCGAGAACGCGCAGGCUGCGGCCGCGGCCGCCGCGGCGAACGGCCACCACCCGAACAACGUGGCGGUCAUCCGCGACCGCCUGCCGAAACUCGAGUUGCCGCGGGACACGCGACCGUCAAAUUCGCUGACGGCAGCGGGUGUGGCACAUCCUCAAGCUCAGACGUCGUACCUGACGGCGACGUAUGAGUUCUAG